AUGACCGAUACAUACGAGCUGUGGGUGGGCGGCCGAGAACAGCCGGGCAAUGGCGACCUCUGCCACUCGGCCUCCGCCGCAGAUGUCAAUGACAUCGUAACAGCCGCUCACGAGACCUUCAAGUCAGGCGUCUGGUCAAAGGCACCCCGACAGACACGCGCCGAUGUCCUCGAUGCCGCCGCCAACCUCUUGGCCACUGCCAUGCCGCAGCUCAUACCGCUCGAGGUCCGCCAGACUGGCCGUGCCAUCCGCGAGCUUAACGCCCAGGUCCCCACCCUGACCAAGUGGUUCCGCUACUAUGCUGCCCUUCUGCGCACUGAAGAGCGUUCGGUUCUCCCUACCUUUGGCAAGCUGCACAAUUGGGUUGACCGUGUGCCCCUCGGUGUCAUCGUCCAAAUCACCCCUUUCAACCACCCGCUCCUCAUCGCCGUCAAGAAGCUCGCGCCGGCUCUGGCUGCCGGCAACAGCGUCAUCAUCAAGCCCAGCGAACUCACGCCGUUGACCACUCUACGGCUGGGGGCUAUUUUGCGUGAGGCUGGUCUUCCCGACGGGGUGCUUACUGUUCUUCCCGGAUACGGCGCCACAACCGGCAAGGCGCUCGUCGAACACCCCCUCGUGCGCAAAGUGGAUGUGACGGGCGGAACAGCGGCUGGCCGAGCCAUCGGAGCCAUUGCUGGGAAGAACCUGGCCAAAUUCACAGCCGAGCUUGGCGGCAAAGCACCGCUCGUCGUCUUUGACCAGGCCAACGUUGAUGUCGCCGUCAACGGUAUCGCCUUUGGCUCCUUCAUUGCUAGUGGACAGACGUGUGUUGCCAGCACGAGGAUCAUUGUCCAAGAGAGCAUCUACGACGAGGUAUUGGCCAAGCUUCAGACCAAAGUCGAGUCCAUCAAAAGACGUAUGGGUGCACCGAGUAAUUCUGAGUCUAUGAUGGGGCCACUGGUCUCCGCGAAGCAGCUGAAGAACGUCGAGGAUUUGGUCAACGAUGCGGUUGUGAACGGCACGGCUGCCAUACUCGCGGGGGGCCGUCGCAUGACAGGUACGGGCUCGGUCGACGGCACCGACUUUUCCAAGGGCUACUACUUUGAACCCACGAUUCUAGGCGCAGCUAGUGGAUUGAAGGAGCUUUUGGCAAGUCGCAUCUGGAAAGAAGAGGCCUUUGGCCCGGUCAUUGUGGUGGCCAAGUUCAGCACGGAACAGGAAGCUGUCAACCUGGCCAACAACAGUGAGUUCGGUCUCGGUGCAGCUCUGUGGACCAAAGACCUGUCUCAAGCAUUCCGCGUUUCGGAGCAAAUCGACGCUGGCAUCGUAUGGGUGAACACGCACCACCGCAACGACCCGAGCAGUCCGUGGGGGGGAGCCAAGGGGUCCAGCGGCGUGGGCAGCGAGAACGGCCGGGAUGCUUUCUACGCGUACACCAAGAUGAAGAGUACGAUUAUCAACUACGCCUCGACGGAGGAAGCGCUCGCCGCCGACGAUUGGUUCCGGGAAGGCACUGGAGAUGUGAGGUAUGGAUAG